CUUGCAUAACUGCUUCCUGAAAGUCGUCCACCCGGCAGUGUACAGUCUCUGGGAGUGUCCGUGUGCCGCUCACAACUUUUAACUGACAGUUUUCAGCUUUGCCCCCUUCACCGAAUUUCCCCCCAAAAUGACAGACCAGGGACUCACUGAAGUAGAUACCAAACCGGACUGUAAAGCGACAGACCAAAGUCUCACUGAAGAUGAUACCAAACCAGCUUGUAAACUGACAGACCACGGACUCACUGAAGAAGAUAUUAAGGCGGCAUGUAAGGAGGGAAAUCCAAUCACUAAAGAUUAUAUGAUGCAGCAGACCAUGCUAAGGGUGAAGGAUCCUGUAAAAUCACUUGACUUCUAUACACGUAUCUUGGGCCUCACAUUGCUGCAGAAGAUUGAUUUCCCCUCCAUGCACUUCACGCUGUAUUAUCUUGGUUAUGAGGAUAAAAAAGAAGUCCCUCAAGAAGUGAAAGAGAGGACAGCCUGGACGUUUUCCAGACGAGCCACCAUUGAACUUACUCAUAACUGGGGAUCAGAAGCUGAUGAACGCCUUCUCUAUCACCAUGGAAACACACAGCCUAAAGGCUUUGGUCAUAUAGGCAUUGCUGUUCCAGAUGUAUACGCUGCCUGUAAACUCUUUGAAGAGCUGGGGGUUACAUUUGUGAAGAAGCCAGAUGAAGGCACGAUGAAGGGACUAGCAUUCAUUCAGGACCCAGACGGCUACUGGAUUGAGAUUCUGAGUCCAAACAAUAUGGUUUCUCUGACCUCAGAGACAGAGAGACCCUCAGCUACCCAGAGUGAAACAUCAGACACAGUGUGA